AAGACGUUGCGAUUCAACUGCGGCGAGUUGCACAGGCUCAGGCUGCAGGCUGACUCUGCCUGCAGGCUGCAGAGGCAGCAAAACAAGGACGGAGGCCAAAUCGAGCGCAUUGAUGGUAGAGCGGAGUUUCUACAGCAUUCGCAUUGUUUUCACAACGACGAAUCAUUGCAAGCGAUCUCCGCACACUUCGGGGGAGGCAACACUGGGAGCACAGCACUGCUGAGAGGCAUUGAAGAGCUGUCGUGCGGCGGCGCGUGCGAGCCAAAACGGCCGUGACGCAGCCGUGAGGUCAUUGGACCAUGGCGUCGCGCCGGCUGCUCGUCGCAUCGCUCGCGACGCUGCGAGCCGCCCGCGGCUUCCUUCCGCACGCGUCGCGCCGGCGCCACGUCGCGCUCCGCGCCGAGGACUACAUCGAGUCGACGACCAACGCCCUCGUCAAGCGGUUCAAAAGGUGCCACCGCAAGAAGCAUCGUGAUGCCGAAAAUGUCGUCCUCGUCGAGGGCCGCGCGUUCGUCGCCGAAGUGUUGGCGCGCGGCGACGACGUCGAGGCGGUGCUGGUGGCCGACGACGUGAGCCUCGACGCCGCGCUCCUCGCGCGCGCGAAACGGUUCGCGCGGGCGCCGGACUUUGUGCUCAAGGCGGCGUCGACGACGGAGUCGCCGCAGGGCUGCGUCGCGCUCGUCGCCAGGCCGUCGCUCGCGUUUCCCGCCGCGCCGGACUUCCUCCUGGCGUUGGACGGCGUCCAGGACCCGGGAAACGUCGGCGCUCUGAUCCGGACGGCCGCGGCGGCCGGCGUCGACGGCGUCGUCCUCGUCGGCGCCUGCGCCGACGCCUUCAACCCCAAGACGAUCCGCGGCUCAGCCGGAGCGGCGCUGCGCGUGCCGCUCGCGGCGGAGGACUCCUGGGCCGCCGCGGCGCCGCGGCUCGCGGAACUUAAUGUCGUCGUCGCGGACGCGGGCGCCGGCGCCGUCGACCACCUGGCCGUGGAGUCGUGGGCGGCGACGUGCCUCGUCGUCGGCGCGGAAGCCGGCCUCACGGACGACCUGCUCGGCGCGCUCGGCGCCCUGCGGGCGACGCGCGUGCGCAUCGACGUCGACUCGAGCGUAGAGAGCUUGAAUGCCGCCGUCGCGGGGUCGUAUUUGCUGCUUGAUGCGCGGCGGCGACGGCGGGACUAAUCUUGUGUCUAGAGU